GUUGGGACCAAUUUCUUGGGAUGGGAAGUGGAACAUGGCCUCCAGCUGUAGUCUUUGGGUUUUUUAAGGUUGUAUAGUGAGUUGGAACAAACCCUUUGGACCAGAGUGAGGGUUAUCUAAAUGAUCCAAAGCCACCGGCCCAUGUCGAAACGGAACAACAUCAUGCAAGCGGAUUCAGACGGAAAGAAAAACGCGAGUUCCACUCAUUUCCAGCCUGUUUAGUUCCAUUGGGACCAAUACAGGCUACUCUACAAAAGACCAUCAGUCAGUGAAGCUCAAGUGUAAAAUAGCGGCCGAGUUCGUGCCUGGGCGCAAUAGCGAUACAACGGCCUGGCAGUAAAUCGUCCCUCCUUGAGCUCAAAAAGGUUCUAUGAAGUCCCAAUCAUCAUUAUUCAGUGCUAGGAAUCGGAUCCGUGUUCCGAGCACGACCUUGCUCCCCACAAUACAUGUUUUACAGGAGCAAGGCUGUCAGUGGUUUGAGCACGACGGAUUCAAGUGGAUCAUUGUAGGGAAGAUUGGAAAAGUGGUGAGGACCCUACCAAUACGACCAUGGGAGAUUCAGACUCUGAAAACGAGGGCAUCCUCACGAAUAUUCAAAGGCUGGUGAUCAGGCCCCCUGGGCACACGGGGAAGGCCAAGAAAGGCCACAUCUGCUUUGAUGGCGGUUUUGAGACCAUGAAUUUGGGUCGAGUGGAUUUCAUAACCAAUCAGGAAUACGACAUCUUCAUGCGUCCAGACACGGCCAACCCCAGAACUAGGUUCUGGUUCCACUUUACUGUGGAAAAUACCCAAGGCGACCAACGGGUGUUGUUUAACAUCGUGAACCUUAGCAAAGCUCGAUCGCUGUUCAGAGAUGGUCUGACGCCCGUGAUCAAGUCCACUUCCCGACCCCAAUGGCAACGCAUGCCUCCCCAACACGUGUUCUAUUACAAAAGUCCGCUCCACAGUGACCAUUUUGUGUUGACCUUUGCAUUCUCGUUCGAUCUGGAAGACGAACGGUACAGUUUCGCACUGGCCCAACCUUACUCGUUCUCGAGGUACAAUUUGUAUGUGGAGAAGAUCCUGAAGUCUGGCUUUGCGUUUUUCAAGGUCGAGACGGUGGCAAAGUCCAUUCAAGGCCGUAAGGUCGAGAUGAUAACGAUUACAGAUCCAAGAAAUUUGGAAAGAGCCAGUGAAGGCCGGCGGCCUUUGUUAGAUAAUCGGGAGGAACAAGACGACGGGACGACGGACUCGAGGAACAAGUACCAGGAUCACGUAAAUGAGGGUCAUAAAAAUGAGGAAGGGCAGGACAAUGGGGAGCGAGAUAAUGAGAAUCAGAAUGAUAAUCACCUGGCCGACCAAAGAAGUGAGGCCGGAGGAACCAGUACAGAACGAUCAAGAUCCCCAACGAACACCACGACGGAUUUCAUGUCCUCUCAAAUCCCCAUUGUAUUUCUAAUGGGUCGAGUUCACGCUAGUGAGACGCCCACCUCGUUCAUUUUGCAAGGAUUGAUCGAUUUUCUAGUGUCUCAGCACGAAAUCGCCCAAGAGCUCAGGGCCAAUGUCAUCUUCAAGAUCGUGCCCAUUAUGAACCCGGACGGGGUUUACAUGGGUAACACCCGUGGCAACCUUCUGGGCCAAGACUUGAAUCGACAUUGGCCCAACCCAUGUCCUCAUGCACAUCCCUCAUUGGUCGCCGUCAGGAACAUCAUCCAUAGCUUGGACCAAGACCCAGAUGUAAAGCUGGACAUCAUCUUGGAUCUGCACUCCCACUCGUCACUCUUGGGUCUAUUCGUUUACGGCAAUUCGUACGACGACGUCUAUCGCUUCGAACGGCAUAUCGUGUUCCCCAAGAUCUUGUCUCAAAAUUGUCCGGAUUUUAGUCACGACAACACCAUCUACAAUGUGAACCCAGCCAAAGAAGGCACAGCCCGGCGAUAUUUUGGCACCCAUUUGAGUCCAGAGGUCAACACCUACACUUUGGAGGUGUCCAUAUUUGGUUACGAGGAGGAUGAAACCCAGGCCAUCAUCCCUUACACUGAUGACCUCUAUUGUCGGGUGGGGAGAAAUAUUGCUCGCGCCUUUUGGGACUUCUACAAGAUCCUCGGCUAUAUCCCCAUUGAGCUUGAUGAUGACGAGAUGAUGCUCAAUUCGGGCGACCGUCCCAAGACCUCAAAUGCAGCAGGCAUCUCAGGGGCAUCCAAUGGAGGUGGUGGGGGCCCAGGAAAUGUCCGCAGCUUUAAUCUUCUUCGUCUGCGCGAAAUUGCCAAUCAACGCAAUAUGACCGCACGAACUUUUGAGGAUCAUAAAGAUAAUAACGACUUCUCGGACGACGACGAUGAGGACGCCUGCGUCGGGGCCAACAAGACCACCUCAAGGAAUCCUACCAGCCGACGCCGCGAGUUGCGAAGAGGCCUUUUGGAGAAGAGACAGUCCUCGAGUUCCAUUCAGAGUGUGGGAUUAGGCGAUCCAGUGGAGGCCAGAAUCAGGCUAGAGAGUGGCUGCAUAGAUUCACAUGGAGAAGAUGGCGACGUUUCAGACAAUAUCGAGGACACCCACGAGGAAGAGGGGACCUUGGCUCCACGGAUAUUACCUGCCCCCAGGGUCCGAUUCACCAGCGACCUUGCUAUUGUUCCCACAGCCUCGAUGGCUAAGCCAGAAUCUCCCUUUGUCUCGCCAUCGAGAAAGUACCAGUCAUCCUCGCAAAAUGGGCAAUUAAUCCCGACUUUCGCACCGGAACUCGAAAUUUCCAUAACUGCCAAAGAGCCCCAUAGGAGAGGUGGCAUGUCUGGUUUGAUGAACAGAGGCCAAAAGCUGAGCGAUCCCGGUUCGACCAACGUGGACGAGAUCAUGGUCUCGGGUUUGGGAGCCGAUUCCCCGGCCAGCGUCAAUUGGGUCAAAUAUCACGAGGCUCGUCCCAAUGUGAGGAAAAUCGGGGGCGGUGCUCUCAUCAGCUCAGGUGUGCCGCACACCACCCGCACUCGACCUUUGAGGCCAACCUUACCCGUAAGCGCCAUCGAAGAAACCAGUCAGAAGUUGUCCGUGAUCGAUUUCAAUGACAUGAACCGAAAGCAGACCAAGAAAAAGAAGAAACGGGCCAAAUCCGAGCUCGUUGUCAAACCAAAUAAAGGAACUGCGAAAUUCAUAAUCAAAUAGUUGUGACAACCGCUCAUUGUUCCAUCUUUCAAACUGUGAUCCUUCCUCUGACCCCCUUCUCUUUUGACAUUUGCACUUGGACAAACAGGAAUACAAUUUUCUUUCACAUUUUACUGAUAUCUAUAGU